UGACGAUCGCGGUGCAACGAAGACGACGAAGAAGAAGAAGCGGAAGCACGUCGUUAAUGUUGAACUAUAAUGGCGGCGUCCUGUGUGUAAUAGUGAAGUCACUUUUUUUGCUCUCUGAAGGGAUUUUUAGUCUUGAAUGUGCACGUUACACCGCAGCCAGGUUUAACUCGGGUAACUAUGCCUCGUUACGAGCUGUCUUUGGUGCUGAAGGCCAUGCAGAGGCCGGAAACCGCGGCGGUGCUGAGGCGCACGGUGGAGACCUUGAUGGAGCGCGGCGCCGUGGUCAGAAAUCUCGAGAACCUCGGCGAGAGAAGACUGCCGUACAAGAUCAGGAAACACAACCAGCGGCACACGCACGCUGCCUACUUCCUGGUCGACUUUCACGCCUCACCGUCUAUUCUGACGGCCUUACUGAAUCACCUGGAGAGAGACGUGGACGUGGUGCGGCAGACGGUGUUAAAGAAAGACUCAGAGCUUCCCAAAGGCCCCUGCUGUGCUUCCUUACCUUCUCAGACAAACUAGUCGACUUCUGCAUAAACGUCUUUAAGGAAGAAGACGUGCUGCUGGGUUUUUUCUGAAUUUCAACUAUGUUCAUGUGAGAGUUUAUUAUGAGAAAUGAAUAAACGGGAAAAAAUGUAAUCUUUUAAAAAUAUGUUUGUGUUUUUUGUUAAUUCAUGUCUAAUAAGUUAAGACUUUUUUUUAAAAUUAUUUUAUUUAUUUAUUUAUUUAUUUAAAAUUAAACCCAUAACAGUGCAGUAUGUGCAUGCCGCUGACAAAGGAAUAGAAAAUUCUUCAAAAUAAAACCGAAAUCGUUAAAGGAAUAAAACAAAAGCCUUUCAUCCCAAGUGUGUGUAUGUAUGUGUGUGUGUAUAUUUAUAUAUAUAUAUAUAUAUAUAUAUAUAUAUAAAUAAUAUGAACUAAACUUGAAUUGUAUUUAAAAAAAAUUGAGGCACGGAGUUUGAUUAGGAUUGAACAUUUACAGUAAUGACAUCAACUGUGAUCACAGAUCCGAUUAAAUCAUGGGUGUGUGUUGGAAUGUGUCUCUUUAAUGUGUUAAAAUGAAAGAGUUAAGUGGUAAGAUUCUUUUGAACUCACUCAGAAUUCAAGGAAAAUAAUUGUAUGUUUAGUUGUAUGUAUAUAUUAUAUUACCUUUGUGAACAAAAGAAGAGUCAAAUAACAAUAGGUUUGUCCUCAUUUAAGCACAUUUACUCAAGUUAAAAGUAAAUGAUUAUAUACCACAGUGAUGAUCUCAAUUUUGAUCAGUCAAAAGGAUUAUUUUUCUGUCCCCCCCCCCCCCCCCACCCUAUUAUUUGUUAUUUUAUAUACCAUUACCUGGAUUUAAUUCAAAUCACAAGUUUAUAUAAAUAUGCUUGUUCAAAUGUUAUCAUUUCUAUAGUAACUCAUUCACUGGGAAUUGUAUGGUUGACUGUUUACAGCUGCAGAAAGACCGGUAAUAACAGGAACUAAAUUGUUUCUAUAACAUAACUAUAAACGGCUAUUAUAUAUAGCUAUUUAAUGAAUUAAAAAGAAUUCACUGGGCCCCAUUUAUCAUUCUGGAUAUGAGCGAAUUUAUUUGUAGCUCAUUUUUAUGAGCAUUAGAAAUGUGGUAUUUAUGAAAAUCCGGUAAUUUAUGGAAAAAUGUUCGAAAAGAAGACUUACUAACGUAAAUAUUGACUGAGCUUCGAAUCAUAUCAUUUGCAGUGAAUUACUGGAGCCGAAUUACAGGAAAGGUGAAACAGUGGGGUACAAAGAAAAGGGUUUGACAUGAAAACAGAGAAACAAAUAUACACUGUACUCAAGUGAUCAUGGACAUUGAGCAAAUCAUACUGGGAAACUGCUUUUGAUUUAUUUAUUUAUUCAUAGUGUCUAUUCAAAGUCAUUUCUCACACACCAAUCCACCCUCCCUGAUGCUGUUUUGGAAAAACAGGAGUGUGUGUGUCAUAGGAACUCAUGCAUUACACUAGGGAGUAUACUAGGGAGCAAAUUGCAGUUUGAGACAUACCUGAUCCGUCACUUAUCGGUCAUUUAGUGCUGGUUACUAUGAAGUGUUGCACAACAUUAAAAGAAAAUGCCAUGGCAAAUGGACCCAACUUAUACGCUGAGCCAUUACAGCAAAUCCUCCUUUUAUACAUUCUUAAUUUAAUGACUGGUCUUAUUUGUCUUUCUUUAUUUGAUUUUAUUUUUCAGAUUUAAUAUUAGUUCAUGCUUUCGUCACCUUUAGGUUGGAUUAUUGUAAUGCUUUACUGUGUGGAUGUUCCAGUAGUAGCAUAAACAAGCUCCAGUUGGUCCAGAACGCAGCUGCAAGUGUCCUUACUAGAACCAGAAGAUAUGACCACAUCACCCCUAUCUUAUCCACACUGCAUUGGCUGCCAGUAAAAUUUCACAUUCAUUAUAAAAUACUACUAUUGACCUAUAAAGCACCGAAUGGUCUCGCACCACAGUACCCGAGUGAACUUUUGGUCUUUUGUGAUCCGCCAUGAAUACUGUGAUCAAAAGGUGCAGGCUAUUUGUUGGUACCUCGAAUAGUGAAGGUUACAGAAGGGGGAAGAGCGUUCUCUUACAAAGCCCCACAGUUAUGGAACAGCCUUCCAAUUAGUGUUCGGGACUCAGACACGGUCUCAAUGUUUAAAUCCAGGCUGGAAACAUAUUUGUUUACUCAAGCCUUCCAUGAAUAGACUUUUUUUUUUUUUUACGCAAAAAGUACACUGUCUUAUCCAUUACGGGACAAUAAGCAUACCUAACAAUCUCUGCCUCUCUUUACCUCCCUCUCGCUCCCUCUCUCUUUCUGUCGAGCUACACAUGGUACUCCUGAGAUGCCAGUAAUCCUGACCCUUUUUGCUCUCCGGACCUGCCUGAUCCAUCCUGAUGCCCUAUCUCUGGUUGGUGUUCUCAUCAACUGGAGGAUACAUUCUGUUACUGAGGAAGACCCCAAGGCUUCACAGCCUGGAGAUUGCUGAAUAUGGUGCCACUUGAAGUACCAUGAGAGUGGUUUUGGACCUCAAUUUGACGUGGACAGUUGCACUGUGGUCGCUGGGACUACGGUUGCUGCGAAGGCCUUAGGACUGCAAUUACCACAUACAGUUUUGCACUCAGUUCUCCUUUACUGAACAGUGGAUCAGUUCAACAAAACAGACUUCAUAUAAAAACUAUAAUGAACUUUCCUUUAAUUUCACACUAUCCGUUUUGCCCAGAUGACCAUGAGUUCCCUUUUGAGUCUGGUUCCUCUUAAGGUUUCUUCCUCAUAUCAUCUUAGGGAGUUUUUCCUCACUACCGUCACCACCGGCUUGCUCAAUAGGGAUAAAUUCACACAUUUAAAAUAUGCAUCCUGUGUUUAUAUGUUUCUGCAAAGCUCCUUUGAGACAAUGUCCAUUGUAAAAAAGUGCUAUACAAAUAAAAUGGAAUUGAAUUUCUUUA